AUGUCAUUUAACAGCACCUCUAUUUUGACUCAGUCCCUCCAGCUGAGUGACCAACUACAUACACUCUUGCUGACACUGUGUGAAGAUCUGCCACAUAGAAGGCUUUCUCCUGAAUCCAUUCUGGAAGCAUGUGAAGCACAUCAGAAGGAAUCUGCUUCCUUACCAGCAAAAUUCUACAUAAAGAAAAUGGUUCACUUUGCAGUGGGAAGUGCCAGCGAGACAGAGCAGGUGGUCACUGAAGACAGCACAGCCUUUCAGCUGAACAGAAGUCACGUGAUAAGGAAAAGACUGCACGAAAAAAUAUCGGACACCUCAACACUGUCAUCCCAAAUGAAUUUUCACCAAGACAAAGGGCCCAGAUUAAUGAACUAUAGUCAGUCAACAGAAGAUUACAGACAACUCUCUGUGGAUUAUAGUGACUCUAAUAGUAUUUCUGAAAGCACAUCUUUGAUACUGUCUAACCGAGGACACAGGAGAGGAAGAGUUCCAGAGACACACAGAUCAUGUGACACCACACUUAGUGGGUCAAGGACACAAAGUAGCUACAAGCUCUUCAUAAACAGGUCGGUGAGUGCUGUAGAAGAAAUCCCAGGUGGAACUCAGAAGAACAACCGACAGAACCUGCUAAGCUUGGGCUCCACCUUCUCUGUGUCUACAAAGGACUACUCAGCAGCUGCUGCAUCACAGAAAUGUUUGUUCCACAGGAAGGAAAAGUUUUCAGGUCCAGAAUUUAUUAUUUUGUCUAGUGAACCACCAGUGACCUUACAGCUGCCUGGAUCAAUUGUGACUAAAAAAGGGAAAUCCUACUUGUCCCAAAGGGACCUCAACGUGAUUCUACUCAACGGCCAGUGCCUUGAGGUGCAAUGUGACAUCAAGACCAAGGCAAGAGAUGUUUUCAACACUGUGGUGGCAUAUGCAAACUUGGUGGAACAUUUCUACUUUGGUUUGGCUUACCUGAAAGGUAAAGAAUUCUUCUUUUUGGAUGAGGAGACCAAACUCUACAAAGUGGCCCCAGAUGGCUGGAAUGACCAACACAAGAAGAAAAUGUCCAUCAUUAAUUUCACACUCUUUCUAAGGAUAAAAUUCUUUGUCAACCACUUCAAUGUUAUUCAGCACGGCUUGACAAGGCAUCAGUUUUACCUGCAGCUUCGUAAAGAUAUUUUGGAGGAGCGAUUAUAUUGCAGUGAUGAGACUGCCCUGAAACUCGGCGCUUUGGCUUUGCAGGCAGAGCUUGGCAAUUAUGUUUCUGAGAUGCAUGGAAAGAGCUAUUUUCGUGUUGAAGACUACGUUCCAGCAAGUCGAAUAGAGAAAAUGACCCUGGCAUAUGUACAGCGAGAGCUUGCUAAAUUACACCGUAUGAAUCGCUCCCUAUUCGAGGAUGAAGCUGAACUAGAAUUUUUAAAGGUGACUCAGCAACUUCCUGAAUAUGGAGUGUUAUUCUAUCGUGUGUCCCAAGAGAAGAAAGGGACAGAAGGGGACAUAAUCCUGGGAAUCUGUGCCAAAGGCAUCAUCGUCUAUGAGAACAAAAAUCACACAAGAAUUGCCAGUUUAAGAUUCCAGUGGCGUGAAACGGAGAGAAUUUCAGCUCAUAGAAAAAAAUUCAUGAUUGAAAGCAGCUUCAGUGGCAAGAAACACACCUUCAUUACUGAUACAGCAAAGACAUGUAAAUACCUACUGGACCUCUGCUCUGCCCAGCACAAAUUCAAUGCACAGAUGAAUUCCAGGCAACUUCGGCAAACUUCAUCAGAGGACAGUAAAUUUGUGGAAAUAGACAAAUCAAAUUCUGCAUAUGCAGCUCAGCGUGAACACCUUGCCCUUAUUCAGAGACUGUCUCGCUCAGAGAAUGUGCUCUAUGGAGCAAACCUGGAAAACCUUUCUGCUGGCAUGAUGAGCAAAUCUUGUGAUAACCUCAGUGUGGAAACCAACAACAGGACUAGAGACAAAAGCAAUCUUGGCAGAUCUGUAUCAGGGCUAUCCCAGUCAGAAAUGCACAUCAAUUUGAAUGGAAAGCAAAGGAGUUAUGACUUCCUCUCUAUCCAUUCAACUCAGAACACAGUCAGUGCACCUGGAUCACCAGCCAUUCAAAAGGAAGUUUUGCUAAGUGGUCUAGAAAGAGAAAUCAUUUGUGUCAGCCUAAAACGUGACUCUAAGAAUGGAUUUGGUUUUGUAAUUAUUGGAGGAGAAAAUGUAGGAAAAUUAGACCUUGGUAUCUUUAUCGCUUCAAUUAUCCCUGGGGGACCUGCAGACAGAGCUGGAAAUAUGAAACCAGGAGGACGACUCAUCUCUGUGAAUAAUAUUAGCCUUGAGGGUGUUUCAUUUAACACUGCAGUUAAAAUCAUACAGAACUGUCCUGAUGAAGUGCAGCUCAUCAUCUCUCAACCCAAAGACAUGUAUGAAGAAGGAUUAAAUGAAGAAAAGAAUCUAUCAAGGGGAAACAGCACUAGUGGAUCUGAGAUCUCUUGUGUAGACAGUGGGAGAAAAAAGAUUCAGGAUUGUCAUACAGCUCUCCCCAAAGAACAGGACACAAAUAUUGACGAACUUGAGAAGACUCUCUCUUGGAAUUUAGCAUCAAAAUUGGGCUCUAGGAUUCCAGUUCCUUCAGCUGAUAGCCUGGAUAUAGAGGCAGCUGAUUCUUCACACUUACCAUCUCCAUUAGAAACCAACUCAAAGGAAAUCUACAUGGUGGAGCUUCUUAAAGAAGAUGGGACUUUUGGAAUCAGCGUGACUGGUGGAAUUAAUACCAGUGUGCGUCAUGGUGGGAUAUAUGUGAAGUCAAUUAUUCCCAGGGGACCAGCAGAUAAGGACGGACAAAUAAAGAUAGGUGAUCGUCUGCUGGAAGUAGAUGGCAUCAGCCUCUGUGGCAUCACCCACAAACAGGCUGUGGAACACCUUAAGAAAUCUGGCCAGAUUGCCAAACUGGUUCUAGAAAGGGGAAACUACCAAUUGGCAGAGCCAUGUCCAACUGCUAAUGACAGAAAGGAGGACCAGUGUGCAGUUGUUUCUGUGGCAACAUCCCUCACAGAUGGUACCAAGGACUGCUGCUUUUUGACAGAUGAUAACACAUUUGAAGUGAAAUUAACCAAGAAUUCUGGAGGCCUUGGAUUUAGUGUUCUGCAGAUGGAAGGAGAAGCUUGUGAACACCUUGGAGGAGCUAUUGUCAGGAUCAAAAGACUGUUUCCAGGGCAGCCAGCUGAAGAGAAUGGAGAAAUUGAAGUUGGAGAUGUCAUUUUAGCUGUGAAUGGGAAACCUCUCAAAGGGCUCCUGUAUCAGGAUGUCCUGCAUUUGUUAAGAGGAGCUCCUCGAGAUGUUACACUGCUACUCUGCAGACCACCAAAAGGUGUUCUUCCAGAAAUAGAGCAGAUUGCUCUGACUCCAGCACCAUCUCCAGUAAAGGACUUGGUAGCAGAAAUGCCAGGCAGCACAGAGGCAGGAAACAGUAUGGAUCAAUCCACCAGUGAUGGAGGUAGCACCUCUCCAGACCUGGAAGACUGCCUCGAUUCUCCAGUGGGAGAAGAUCUCAGUGAGCCCCCUGAGGAUGACAGCUCAGCUUACGAAGAGCAGGAAGCUGAGUUUGAAGAGAAACCCAUAAAGAAACUCCCAACUUCCAGAGAGAGUUUCUAUAAGCAUCUUUGGAAGAUUCAUCGAGAAGCUUCCAGUUCUGAAGCCUUCCACUCUCUAGAGGAGGAAGUGAAGCAGAAUUGCUACUCACCAUGUGAAUUUGGACAGACCAAAAGCUCAAUGUCUGUGACCUCACUUCCACGAGGAGGAAGCUCUGAGACAGUCUCUGCAACCGCUGCGACCCCACAGCCACGUGUCUGUGCUCCCUCCUCAUCAUCCCUGCCUGCUAGAGAGACACAGGACAGUGACAAUGAAUGGGAAGACUUGGAGGAACCAGAGGAAGAGAAGGAAGAAAAUCAAGACUGCACUCAGGAAAUGGAGAUCUUUGUGACCUUGACGAAGUCAGAGAACAAUGGUUAUGGAUUCUCUGUAGUUCUUAACAAAAUGGACACCUGCCUGUAUGUUGAUGAAAUCUUGAAUGAUCCUGCCCUUUCUGAUGGAAGAUUGAGAAGGGGAGACAGAAUCAUUAUGGUGAACGGAAUUGACGUUACAUCUUUGCCAUGCAAUGAAGUCCUGAUGUUACUGCAAAGCUCUCCUCCAGAUCUGCACCUUGUGGUUGGCCGUGCCGACAGUGACCCACGUCACUCAAUUAGGCCAGAUGAGAUUCCUGAAAUUACUCUCACAAAGGGUGCCGAUGGACAGCUAGGCUUGAAGCUGACAGGAGGAGCUGGAAGCAAGUUACAAGGUAUUUAUGUGCUAGAGAUAGUGCCUGGCUCUCCUGCCAGUGUGGAAGGCAGUUUGCAGCCACAAGAUCAGAUUGUUUACAUCUGUGGACUGUGCACUGAGGGCAUUAGCCUGGAUGAUGCAGUGAGAGUGUGUGAAGCUGCCACCCAGAAUGUUCGAAUCAAAGCCACAAGAAAUGGCAAUCCAGUGGUUCCCAUAGAGCAGGAAAAUAGGCCACCGGCUGAAACAGAGAAAGAAAAUAUUUCCUUAUCAAAUGAAAACCUGAACUCCCAGGAACAGCACCUGCUGCAUCAACAUGAGAAACAUAUGGAGGAAGCAAACAGUGAUGCUCAGCAGAACACACCCAAUUCUCCAGAAUGUAAAGACUUCAUAAUUAAGAUUGAGCUGGAAAAAGCAGAAAAUGGAAGCUUAGGAUUUGCACUGGUAGGUGGAAAAAAUGGCAGGGCUAUCCUAAUAAAAGCCAUCAGCCCGGACAGCAGUGCAGAUCUAGAUGGGAGACUUCAAGUUGGUGACAUCUUACUUAAGGUGAAUGAGACUUUUGUGUCUGGUCUGCCACGCCAAACAGUUACAGAUUUGCUGCGCAAGGCUCAAGGCACUGUUCAGCUCACUGUCUGCCGAAGCGUGGCUUUGCACUGGGCUUACUCAGGCAACCAGAGCAACAGAGCUUCCACUCCAAACACAAAAGCAGCUGCAAGUGGUGAGGAAAGCCUGCAAGCUCAGCCUGUUUUCAGUUUCAAGGAAGAAGACUCCAACCAAAUGUGCAAUAAGGAUGCAGAAAGAACAAACAAAUCUCCUCUGCAAGGUCAGCUGGCUGGACAAGAAUAUAAGGAUAUCAUCAGUAACAUUUUGGACAGGUCACAGAAAUGUGCAGAAUGUGAAAGCUGCAGAAGAGAAAAUCAACAGUCUGAGUCAGGCAGCUGGAACAAUGAAGAUGAUGUUAUGCCCCCCAGGAUUCCUAUUCUACCUAGAAACAGAACCUUUGCUUCUGGAGAUGAACUGACUCAGUUAAUUAACUUGAAACCAUCACAGAGAGGAGUAGAUCCAAGGACUGGCAUAACAGGUCUUAUUCAAGGCCUUCAGCUGCGGAUUGAGAAUCAAGAGGUGCUAAAGGAGUUUAUGGCUUUAGAACAUAUGAAACCAAUAGAUGACUGCAAAACUGGCAAAGCACCAGAAAACCAGAAUAAAAACAGAUACCGAGAUAUCCUUCCAUGUAAGUAUACACAAAAAUAUAUUUGGCGAACAAAGCCAUCAGAGAAACACGAGAAAACUUUCUGA